AUGCUAGGCUCUGGCAAGUCGAGCGGCGUGGUGAACGAGGCCAGCAACCUCAAGGCCAAUGAGAACCUUACCGCCACCAUAGAGCAGAUGAAUUCGAAGGCGUACCGCCAGAGCCGUGACACGAACGACGUCAUCCCGACACACCGCCGCCCGGUCACUGAAGCUGCCCGCGACAACGGCGUCCCCGUGUACGACCCGGCUGCGGAGAAGCACGCGGAGAAGGUCGAGCGCGGCAAUGCGGCGGGCACCGAGGAUGACGACGAUGAGCUGAUGGAGUUGCGCCGGAUGCGCCUGCAACGCAUGCGGGCCAACCAAGAGAAGCAGGCGGAGUGGCGCAGCAAGCAGCACGGAGAGUACCGUGAAAUCUCACAAGACGACUUCUUCAACAUUGUCGUGCGUGAGAAGGGUGGGAGCGAACGGGUAUGCGUCCACUUCUACCACAAGGACUUCGAAACAUGCAAGGUGAUGGACCGUCGCCUUUCGGAGCUGUCGCGUAUCCUGCUAGCCGUGAAGUUUGUGAAGAUCGACGCCGAGCGCUCGCCCUUCUUGGUCGAGCGGCUGCGCGUGACGACGCUGCCGCACUGCCUGCUCUUCUUGAACGACGUGUGCAUUGAUCGGAUUGUAGGGUUUGAGGGGUGCGCGACGGAGGACGGCACCCUCGACGCGAACCUGUUGCGGGAGCGCAUCGUCCAUGCACUCGAGGUCGAGGGCGACGAGUAG